AUGGUUGCGGGUUUCUGGUUGCGAAUCUUCAGAUUUCUCAUUCCUGGAAGGAAGAAGCUUCCCGAGGACCGGAUUCGUCCUGCAGACGCGGAACAACCGUCCUGCGACCAACCGGACUUUCCAAUAGUAAGAACUUCGGAUGCCACGUCAGCUGACGUGAAUGCGGACUGCAUCGUCUGGAGCGCUCCGCGGGGCGGCGAAACGCCAGUCGCAGCAUCAGCAGAAGCAGAUUCGGACGACGCAUCGUCAGACCACCUCUUCACCGUUCCGCAGCUGGCGCCGCUGAGUCCCUCCGACGAGCCUUUUGAUACUUCCAAGCUGCUUCCUCCGCUUCGCUCCGUCCAUCUCAACCGCAAGACUCUCGUUCUCGACUUGGACGAAACCCUCAUUCAUUCCGUCUUCACGCCGAUCAUGAACGCCGAUUUCGUCAUCAGCUUGGAUGUUGACGGCCGGCUGACUACUAUUUACGUCCAUAAGCGUCCCGGAGUGGAGGAGUUUCUCCGCGCCGUCGCGCAGGUCUACGAGGUGGUUGUUUUCACCGCGAGCAUGGCGGGUUACGCGAACGCGCUCGUCGAUCUCUUAGAUCCUCAGCGCUGCCUCGUUCACCACCGUCUUUUCCGGGAUUCCUGCAUCUGGUGGAGGAAUAGCUACGUCAAAGAUCUGACGAUGCUCGGAAGGGACCUGACUAAGACCAUGAUAGUUGAUAACAGCCCGCUCUCCUACGCGUUUCAGCCGGAGAACGGCAUUGCGAUACCCUCGUACUACGACGAGCAGGGGGACCGUGAGCUCGCGAAGCUUGUCCCCGUUUUGAUGAAGCUCGCUACGGUCGAGGAUGACGUCCGGCUCCAUCUUGCGGGGCUCGGAAGCGUCCAUGUGGGGUAA